AUGGCCGAAACUGACGAGUGGUCGGCCAAUGCCACCGAGUCCCUGAACAUCAGCUUGGUCGCACCUGCUACCGGAGCUACCAAAACGAUUGCGUCUUUCAAUCCCAAGUUCACCUACUCCAUCUUUGGCGACGAUGAGCGCAUUUUCGGUUACAAGGACCUCAGAAUCGACCUACGCUAUCGCACUUUUGACAUGCGACCGAAUGUCAAGGUGUCCUAUGGCAAAAAGUUCCAGUCCGUCGGCGAGACCGAGGCCGCGGACGUCAAUGCUACACUAAAGGAGCAUCUGCCAUUGGUUGCCUUCGAGUCCGCACGCGAAUUCAACACCGGCGCUCAGAGCCAGCCUGACGGCUGGACCCCUCCUGGCGCGUUCCAUUCGAGCUACGAGGGCCAUGAUGGCACGUACGAGGUUUGGAAGGGCAGCCUUGCGGACCCCGCCGUUCGCCAGAUUGUCACCCGCGUGGAGGCUCUUAUCCCAAUGUUUAUUGAGGGGGGUUCAUACAUCUCCCGCGACGCAAACGACGAAGAAGACCCUUGGAAGGUUCCCGAGGACGCCAACCGUUGGACUGUAUUCUUCCUUUAUCGCAAACAGACGUCCCCAGAGGCGAGUGGCAGGCCCUCGUACACCUUCGUUGGCUAUGCGACUGUCUACCGCUUCUUCUGCUUCCGCCCGCUUACCCCACCCUCGUCCGAGUGGGAUCUGCCAAAAGAGGAGUUCAACCUGUUGGAGGAGUUGCCCUGCCGCUCACGGCUUUCUCAGUUCUUGAUCCUGCCGCCCUUUCAGGGCAAGGGCAUCGGUGCUCGUCUGUACAAGACCAUUUUCGAGCACUAUUACAACAACCCGCAGACGUUGGAGCUGACCGUGGAAGACCCCAACGAGGCCUUCGACGACAUGCGCGACUUGGCGGACCUGACCUUCCUGCGAUCGCUGCCGGAGUUUAGCAACGUCAAGAUCAACACCAGCAUCGCCCUUCCCAACCCCCCCAGCGGCACUGUCCCCAAGGACUUGGUGGACCAGGAGCUUCUCAGGAACCUCCGCCAGAAGACAAAGAUCGUAGACCGUCAGUUUAAGCGCCUGAUCGAGAUGCAGACCAUGUCGCAGCUGCCCGCAUCCGUGAAGGUCGGAUUCGGCGAGGAACAAAAGGCCAAGCCGACGAAGGAGGAGAAGCACCACUACCAUCUGUGGCAGCUGUUCGUCAAACAGCGCCUGUACCGCCAGAACGCUGACGUUCUCGGCCAGCUGGAUCAGUCCGAGCGUUCGGAGAAGCUCAACGAGGCCCUGAGCAGCGUCGAGCUCGAGUACGCCAGGCUUCUCGACUGGCACGCCCGGUGGGAAGAGCACGCCGCUGCCGCCUCUGCUGCCGCCGCAGAGAGCGGCGGUAGCAAGCGCAAGUCGGUAGACGACGCCGAGGACCAGGGCGCGAGCAAGAAGGUCCGAAUUGAGGACGCCUAG